AUGGCGUCUUUCCUUUCGAAGAAGCUGAAAGGGGGAAAUGGUGGCAUGAAGAGAUGGAAACCCACCACCACGGUCAAUUACGAUGUCUAUAACCCGAGCCAUGACGCUUCCCACCUGGGACGGAAUUCCUUGACGGAUCUGGACUAUUCGCCCCUGCAGCGGGUGACCUGGGCGUCAUUCUGGAUGGCCGUUCUCGUCAGUAUGGGAGGCGUCAGUAAGUACUCUCCCAUUGCCCCCCUCAAAACUUGAAACCAGCGAGAACCUCGGGAGCUGACCAUCGAUUGCGAUCUGUAGUUUUCGGAUAUGUAAGUCCCAAAAAGCUAAAGACCAAUACACAUACUCUCCCCCCUCACCGUCCCAUAUCCUGACGAAUUUCCCCCUAGGACACAGGCCAAAUCUCCGGCUUUCUCGCCAUGCCCGAUUUCCUCGAACGCUUCGGGCAACAACAUUCCAACGGCGAAUACUACUUCAGCAACGUGCGCUCCGGUCUCAUCGUCGGUCUCCUCUCCAUCGGAACUCUCUUCGGCGCACUCGUGGGUGGACCCCUCGCCGAUCUCAUCGGACGGAGAAUCUCCAUCACCCUCUGGUGUGUCGUCUUCUGCGUGGGGAAUAUCGUCCAGAUCGCGGCGUCGGAGAAAUGGUACGAGGUGAUGAUGGGGAGGUUUGUAGCCGGGUUUGGAGUCGGAGCGCUCUCGCUGUUGGUGCCCAUGUAUCAGGCAGAGACGGGACCGCGACAUAUCCGGGGGGCUUUGAUUAGUUGUUAUCAGGUACGCGACUCACCCGUUGUCCUUCUGCAGUGGAAAAGAAAUCAUGAUACUGAUUUUGAUGACAUGGUGGCUGCGUGCAGCUCUUCAUCACCCUCGGCAUCUUCCUCGCAGCCUGCAUCAACUUCGGCCUCUACGAACACCAACGCCACAGCGCCGCCUCCUGGCGCGUCCCCAUGGGCAUCGCCUUCGUCUGGGCCGCGAUCCUCGGCGUCGGCAUCCUGGCGUUCCCGGAGACUCCCCGCUUCAACUACCGCCAGGGCAAGAUCGAAGCGGCCAAGGCCACGAUGAUGAAGGUCUACGGCGCGCCGGCGAAUCACUACACCAUCCACGUGGAAUUGGAAGAGAUUGAGCAGAAAUUGCGCGCCGAGGCGAAGCAGGGGACCGCCGUGCAGGAGUGGUAUAAUAUGAUGUUUGCGCCCAAGAUGGCGUAUCGCAUCUUGUUGGGGGUGGGGUUGCAGAUGUGAGUUCUUGGCCUUGCCAUAUCUUCCUUUCCCUCCACGCCGACCAUGUUUGAUGUUGACGCUUUCUUUCUGUUUUUUUCUCUCCCGCAGGUUCCAACAACUCACCGGCGCCAAUUACUUCUUCUACUACGGCACGGUCGUCUUCAAAGGCACCGGCAUCAACAACAGCUUCGUCACCCAGAUGAUCCUCAACGGCAUCAACUUCGGCGUCACGUUCUACGGCUUGUACAUCGUCGAACACUACGGCCGCCGCAAGUCCCUGAUCAUCGGGAGCGCGUGGAUGUUCUUGAUGUUCUUGAUCUUCGCGAGUGUCGGUACGGAACAGAUCCCCCCCUGCAUGAUCCUUCGCAUGGAGAAUCAUUCUUGCUGACGAUGAUGAUGAUUGCAUGUGUAGGCCAUUUCUCCCUCGACCGCGACGACCCGCAGCGCACGAAUUCCGCCGCGACGGCCAUGAUCGUCAUGGCGUGCUUCUUCAUCUUUGGCUUCGCGACGACGUGGGGCCCGAUGAUCUGGGCCAUCUGUGGCGAAUUAUACCCUUCCCGCUACCGUGCAAAGGGCAUGGCACUCUCCACCGCGUCCAAUUGGCUCUGGGUAUGUGUCCUUUUCCUCUUCCCUCCCGCAAAUUCAAGUCUGCCCCGGACGCUGACAAGCAGCGCGUGUGUUAGAACUUCCUCCUCGCCUUCUUCACCCCCUUCAUCACCUCGGCCAUCGAUUUCCGCUACGGCUACGUCUUCGCCGGCUGCAACGUCCUCGGCGGCCUGUUGGUCUACUUCUUCGUCGUCGAGGGCCAGGGCCGCACGCUCGAGGAAGUCGACACCAUGUACCUCCAGGGCGUGCUGCCGUGGAAGUCCGCCGACUGGGAAGCGCCGCCGCCGGAGGAGAUUUCUCGCAUUCGCAGGGAGGCGGGGCUUCAUCAUCAUGAGGCGGGGCAGGAUUUGAAAGAAGCUGGUGAUGACGGGAUCACGGCCGCCGCCGCCGGUGCUCUGAGGGAGAGUAGUAACGAUUCCGCCGGGAAUGAGGUGGAUCCCGAGAAGAUGGCUACGGGUGGUGCGGCGCCGGAGCAUAAGGAGAUUGCUGUUUGA